UAGUAGAGUCCAUCUUCUCUUUGGUCCUCACUCUCACAAUUUCCCCCUUCCCUGUUCUUCCCAUUUCCCCUUCCCUCUCUCUCCUCUCACUCUCUCAAUUCCUUGCAUUUCCAUCCAUUUGCAUGGUUUGUGACGCGCAUUGCGCUGCUGGGACUGCUCUGCAAAGUUUGGUUUGCUAGGAUUUGAGGUUGUAGAAGUGUAGAAAAGAUAGAACAAUCUCUUUCUCUUUCUUGUGAUUUCCAUAGAGCCUGCUUACCAGAGAGCUUAACUGCGAGAGAGAAAUUUGUCCAGAGAGACCGGUCUAUGAUACAGCACGGCGACUGGCUUUACUUUUGAAAGGAGCAGUGAUUUUGCUACUGUCUCCCGAGGAGUAGGCUGUUCUUGGCUGUUUGAAUUGCUGGGAUCUUCCAUUCGAGUAGGGGUGUUGUUGUUAUUUUUUUUCAUGCAACUCCCUCAAGACUGACUCUUAGAUCUGGUAGUAGAAGCAGGAGAGAUAAAAGCGAGCACAGAGAUCAAACAAGAAAAAGGAACUUAGAUUCACGUAGUUUGUCUGCUUGAUUAAUUACUCAUUCAUAGUCUCUUCCCUUUUCUCUUCAUCCCUUUAAGCUAUCUAGUGAGGACCAAAGGAAUGGACUUGGAGCACUCCUCUCCAGCAAACAUGUCUCCCCGGAAGAAGUACUCUACACACUUCCUUAUGUCCUUUGCUGCUUUUGAUAGUUGCCGGAAACCUCCUGCCAACAUCGAUCUAAGGGAGAUAAACUCCGAGGUUUCAGUAGAGGAGGACAUUCCGGAAUGGAGACGGAGAGCGUCGACUCCCUCUCCAAAGAAUGGAAAUCGCAGUAAAAAUCGUCUUUCACACAGUUUGUCGGCUUCGUUUCGUUCUCAGGGGAAAGAACACUGCUCGAACCGGGAAGAGCAUGUCUCGACAUUCCCCACGAAGAACAGGGUGGCGAAAGAUGCUACUGUGAAGCUCGACCAGCAUCCGGUAGAACCCAAAGGGUCUAAUCCUCGCCGUCUGGACUACAAACUUCGACACAAACUCACACCUCUGGAAGUUGCCAAGGUUGAUAACGAGAUCAAGAGAGGAAACUUUAGCGCUUCUCCAGGAGCAUCGGAUAGUGAAACUUCGACCGAGCUUUCGGACCAGAAAAUAGAUCUGGACACUUUGUUCGUGAUAGAAAAGAGCCCGGUCCUCCCGAUGCCUACGGCUCCAACACUAGAAGAGAUCGAGAAGGACAUGAAGGUGGGAGGAGGAACAUCAGGCUUCUUGACAUGCCAGGACGUGGAGAAAUCCAUCCUGACCGUGACCGAGGAGCUCGGUUCUAGCAGUAGUAUCAGUCCAAGAGAGCAAUGGCCGGAUGGAGAAGACAAGGUUGCGUCCAAGCACAUCCUGUCGCUGCUCCAAAGAAAGCCUUCAGACGAAGAACACCUCGAGGAGGAGAACGUAGAAAGUUGCAAGAAGGAUCUCGUCGGCGAGCUCAUCUCCCAAGUUCCCAUCCUUUCGAAUCUGGAAGAGAUGCUCAAGAUAGCCAACUCCGACUCCAAACGCGACGCGAGCUUCGGGAAGCGCCGGUUGAUGUACAACGACACGAUCGACUCCAUGCGAACUGCGGUGAAACCAUCCAAGCACGACAACAUAGUAGCUCCAGGAAAAUGCGAGAGUUUUAGUCCAGCCACCACCUUGUGGCAAACAGCGCAACCAUUCCAGCAGCAGCAGCAGCAUUGGGAGACCAAGCUUCCUCCUCCUCUCGGUGGCUUACUGCGGCCACCAUCGCUAAACUACUCGGCUCCUCCAAAUACUUUCCUCCACACCCGGCCAGUGGCAGCAGGGAUGGGGGAAACUCCUCUAGUUCCUCAGGCUCUACAGGCCCUCCAGCGGCUCGUGGAUCAUCAGCUCCACAUCCUCAACAGCAUCCCGGGCGAGGUUACUCCAGGGAUGCUGCAUCAGAGAUUGAGUCGGAGUGUUUUGGGUUAUCCGGCCACGGGAACUCACCUCCUCCUUGCAACUUCUGGUGCUCCAGCGUAUAGAUUUGCACCAGUUGUAAACCUCGACGUCGGACCCUUGUCUCUCACGCUUGAGAUCGCGAACAAUGCUCUCGGCCCGCGAGAAAUCCCCCUGCUCGGCCAAAACUCGCAGCACCAGCAGCGUGGUGGCACGCAGCGGCUUGGGAUGCCCCAGCAAGCUCCGAUCCCACGCCUUUCCAUACUGUAUCAGCGCGUUGCUGUGAUCCCUGGCGUCGAUGUAGCCCGCCACCAUCGCGUGAUAGAUCGCGGGAUGGCACUCAAACCCGGCCCGGAAGAGCUGCUUGUAGAGCUCGUUUGCCUUCUCCAUGCGCCCGUUGCUCGCGUACACGGCGAUCAUGGCUCGGUACGACUGGAUGUUGAGAGUGAACUUGUUGCCAAUCUCGUUGAACAGCCUCUCGGCGCGCUCCACCUCUCCCAGCUGCCUGUCUCGCAGCAGCGUGUAGAUCCGCAGCAUGCACUCGUAGAUGAAGAGCGGCUGCCUGGACGUGAGCUGCUCAUCCAGAAACUUUCGUACCUCGGCCUCGAUCCCGUCAAAGCCACCGAUCUUCUGCUUGGCUCGCAGCACGAUGAGGUACGUGUGAGCGUCGGGAGCUACGCCGAGAGAGCUGAGCUCGUCAUACAUGGCGCGGACCUUGUCGUCCUCGUUCUUGCGCUUGUACAUGUCGAGCAUGAUGUUGUAAGGCUCGACGCGAGUGAUCAAGUUAAGGCUCUUCAUCUCGCUCAUGGUGUCCUCGGCGGCGGGGAUGGCGUGCCAUCUCGCGAAGACUUGGAGCAUCGCCGUGUAGGCGUCCUCGGAUCUCAGCUCCGCCGGCAUCUCCCAGAAGCACCUGGUCGCUUGGAACUUGGAGAUCCGGCCAACCAGCUCCAGAAGAAGGACGUGGUCCGACUCCUCGAUCUCGAAAACUUUGUUCCUGAUCAUCCAGUCGCAUAUCUACAAGACAAGAAGAAGAAAUUUGAUCCGGAGCUUGUAGAUGACGUUGAGCAAGUGCUUCUUCUCCAUCUUGACGCUUUGCAUGUAUUCUUGGACGAUUGGAAGAACGCUCCUGCGGAAAGAGAUCUUCGCGACGCUCUGCCACAGCCGCAGCCACGUCGUGUCGUGGUACUCGAAACGAAUCUCAUGGAUCCCUCUCCGGAACGCCAGUCUCGCCGCGGCAUUCUUCCGAUCGAUCGCAGAGCGGCAAUGCGCAGGGCUCUUCGCCUGGGACGAAGUGCCGCAGUGAUCCACAGGAACGAUUUCUUGGUUUUCCAGCCGAAAUCUUGCCUCGCGCGCGCGCAUUCCACGCUGCUGCUGCAUCGAUCGCCGGGAUUCCAGUGUAAUAUCAAGAAUGUGGGACUCCGGAUGCUCCAAUCCAGGCGCUAUGUGUCCGAGACCGAGGAAGAGGAGGAGGAAUCGCCAGACGGCGAUGGCGAUUUGGAUGAGAAUCAAGAAUGGCCGACGGCGGAAUUGCCCGGCGAUUGUGUGGAUGAUCAGGUUCUCAUCCUCUGGGAGCCCAACGCGGAGGAUACUUACGUGCAAACUCUUGCCCCCCUGUGGAAGAGAAUCCUGCGAGCGCUUCCACAGAGCCAGCACAACGUGGUGGAAAUGAUCCAGGAGUGGAGUGACAGUGAUUCGCACUACUUCCGUGCUUACAACAGCGAUCGCUUGAGGAGCUAUCUAAGAGUUAUCAUCGCAAGGCUGCGACGAAGAAGCCGGUUCUUGCAAGCUCUACAGAUAUCAAACUGGAUGUUUCACGACAGGAGAUUCACAGUCGCUACGCAAGAUCUCGUGAUGCGUUUGUACCUGACGAGUCGAUCUGGGCUUUUCGAGGAGGCCGAGAAGAUCCUAGCGGAAGUUCACUUCACGCAGCGCAACGAAUGGGCAUACUUGGCGCUGCUCUCCGGGUAUGCUAGCAGGAGGCACGUAACGAGAGCCGAGAAGCUGUGGAGGAGGAUGAAAGAAAGAGGAUUGACGAGGAGCCCGCACGGCUACAACAACAUGCUCAUCAUGUACAAGCGGAAGAAGGUCCACUCCAGGCUCCGCCAGCUUUUCGUGGAGAUGGUGCUCUCCGGAGUAGUUCCCGAUGCCACGACUUUUCUGGUGAUUCUCAGCGCGCGAGAACAGAUUGGUGGCUUCCAGGGGAUCGAGAAGCGAGCUCGUCAUGCCAUGGCGAACUUGGAGAUUCUAAAUCUCCCGUGGUUCACCAUGGAGGUGGUGAUGCGAGUCUACGGCUUCCUCGGUGACUUGGAAGGGGUUGAAAGGAUGUGGAAGAGAGUCCAGCGGAGGUCCAGCCUCCAUCACACGUCCUUCUUGUGUGCGAUAGAGGCCUUCAGCAUGGCCGGGGCGAUGGAAACUUCCGAGGCCAUUUUCCAGAAGAUGGGAAACGAGACCAAGGACUCUGAUCUUCAGCGGCACUACGUGAUGAUCGAGGCCUACUGCCGGGAAGGGAUGACAGGCAAGGCUCAAGGACUGCUGAGAAAGCUGAUUGCCAAGGGUCGGUCUCCAGCACCGUUUGCUUUCAACUCCAUCAUCCAGUGCUUCCUGAAGGACAAGCAACUCGACCGAGCUCUGGAGCUGUUCUAUGUUUCCUUGAACCGGUUUGGGACAAGGCAGACAUUGGCUCUGGGACCGUCCAUUCUGGGAAUCAUGGAAGUAUACGCUAAAGCCGGAGACGUGAACGCUGCCGAGCAGAUCGUCCACAAGUGCCAAGAGUGCCACUACUUUUCGGACGUGAGGCUGUACAACGCACUGCUCAAGGUGUAUCUCAACUCUCAAGUCCCAGCAACGGGCAUUGAAGAUCGUUUCAGGGAUUGCCUGAUGCAAGGCGACACUGAAUCGCUAGAGCUGCUGAGGAAGGCAUUUUAGGGAGAGAGAACAAGGUGUAAUGAAUACAUCUAAAAUAUCUAACAGCUACCCUUAAA